UUCGCUGGUUCUAUAAGAAGAAGAAGAUCCAAAAUGCACAAAUCUAAGCUUCAUCAAUUCUGUCAACAGAAACUAUGGAAACUUCCAGAGUAUUCGAAUUCAAAGGAUGGUCCAGAUCACAACUCGUGUUUCACCACCACUAUCACCGUUAACGGCGUUAGCUUUCAAUCUUCCAAUCCUUGCCGAACUAUUAAAGCAGCUCAGGAUAGCGCUGCUGAGGUUGCUUUGAAUCAUUUAUCUGGUUCCGGUUCUAACUCUGAAGCGAAUGAUAAUUCUUUGUCUUCUGGAGUAAAAUACAACAAAAAGUCUCUAGUUCUCCCUGCUUCACAAAAUGGAUUGGAAGCUGAAUUGACUAUACAAGAACACACAGGAAAUGUGACUCAAAGUCUUCUUAUCCCUUCAGGAGUAAAACGCAACAAGAAGUCUCAAGAUGGACACCAUUGGUACAAACAUCGACUACAAAUAUAUGCUCAAAAGAAAAAUAUAGAUUUGCCUGGAUAUUCAUUUGAGCGUCAAGGUCCUCAACAUGCUAGUCGUUUCAAGUGUAAGGUUACUGUUGGUGGACAGUGUUACGAGAGUACAAAUUUUUUCGUCACUCUAAAAGAAGCUCAAAAUGAUGCAGCAAAGAUUGCUUUCGACCAAAUUUCAUUAAAUGAAGAUCAGAAGGAUGAUUUUGUUCUUCAUAAAAAUGCCUUGCAAGAAUUGGCUCACAAAAGAGGCUUCUUGAGUCCAAGUUAUACGACUACAAGUUAUAACAUAUUGCUUCAAUGUAUAUACAUCAUAUAAUAAACAAACAAACUAAUCAAUAC